AUGGAAGGAAUGUUGUGCAGCGUGGGCACGCCGGCCGUACAACCCGUGGAGGUGGUAGGGCGUUCCUGUGAGGCGCUCCUAGACACUGUAGCCUCACGCAGUUUCAUCAACCCUCGAUUGGUUGAAGCCUUACAGUUGAAAGUGAGGAAACUUUCGGAUGUGUGUGUAUUUACCGUAGCGAACGGUUCUCAGUCGCGUAUUGAUCGAACCGUGAAGAAUUUGACGAUCUGGUGUGGACGUGAAUGUUUUACCGGCGAUUAUCUAGUGGGCCCAGUUCCCUAUGAUAUAGUCCUAGGAUUUGAUUGGUUGACGAAACAUAAAGCUGCCUGGAACUUCCAAUCGGAUAAGUUGGGUACGUAUCUGGAUGGCAGGUGGUGUGAAUUGCCCCUAGUGCGCGCACACAUGGACAGACGAACUGAAGAGGGUCACCAAACUGCGCCCAAACAGACUCCAGCAGAAGAAGCGUACGAUCUUCUGGCUGGGCAAGUGUCUGAGAUGACUGAAGCGGAGGCCGCUGCCCUUCUCUACCCUGAUGCCUCCGGGUACGCCAUUGGCGGCGUACUCGAACAAGCUGGACUGCCAAUUGGGUUCCUCAGUCGGGCCAUGAUUCCCGUUCAACAGAAAUAUUCGAUGUACGAUCAGGAACUGUUGGCACUAGUCUCAGCCCUCGGCAAGUGGUCUCACCUACUUCGCGUCGGUAAGGUUACCGCAUUCACCGACCAAGCUCUCACCCACUUGCGGAAGCUCCAGACGUCCAAACCCUUGCGGGGACGCACCGCCCAGUGGUUAGAUUUCCUCGCGGAGUUUCCUGAUCUCACUAUCACCUACCUACAGGGUGCGCGUAAUACGGUGGCCGAUGCGUUGUCUCGUCUUCAUUCCUCUUCACCACCGUCCCCCCCGCCUAGUCCACCUACGCCUCCUCUCUCGGGGUCCUUGGCCCAGCUUAUGUUAGCUCCUGCACACCCAGAUCCAGCUCAUCACACCAGGGGAAAGCAGGUCAACUACCGGCAGCUGGCUGGCAUUCGUCGUCGCACGCCUCGGACUCGUCCGCAGUCUCCUCCCGUUUCGCACAAAGCCAACGAGUCUUCUGCUAACGUCACCGAGCCACCCGCCAUCCUCCCAGUGCAGCCCGCCGAUUGCGCAACCUUGGAUUGGCCGGCAGCUUAUGCGAAGUGCCCCGUUUUCCGGGUGCCCUACAACACGGCGGUUCAGGCAGUCGGUGCAACCGUCCAGGUGGAAUUCCGCAACCGCCUCCUAGCCUUCAGAUUUGUCACCCCUUUCCUCAGCGUUUGCAUACAUGGCUUAUGGCGUAUAUGUGUUCCGCAGUUUCCUGAGUCCCCUACACACAUUCUAUAUAACCAUCACGACCACGUAACAGCAGGGCAUCGGGGUCAGAAGAAAACGUUCUUAUCUCUCAGCAAGCUUUAUUAUUGGCCCAGCAUGCGCAAUUACACUACCGCCUACGCGGAGUCCUGUACGCAGUGCCGCGCCUCCAAGGCCCUCAACCAAAAACCUGCCGGGCUUCUCCAACAGUUAAUUAUUCCCUCCCGUCGCUGGAGCCACGUCGGCUUGGAUUUCAUUACCGACCUCCUGCUUACGAAGACGGGGCAUGACUCUAUCCUGGUGUUGGUUGAGUCCGUUAGUAAGAUGGCACACUUCGUCCCCGCGAAACAGUGGGGAAAUUAA